CCAUUAUUAUUAUAUUAUUAUUAUCUCAACGGACAUGGAAACAGUGCCGGAAGCUGCGAGUUUUGACCCGCUGGUGGGUCACGGAGGAGGAGGAGGAGCAGACACAGAACAGGCGGCGGCGGCGGCGGCCGACGAGGCCGCGGUGGUUUACCUUCCCCCGGGUUUCAGGUUCCAUCCCACAGACGAAGAGAUCAUCGUUCAUUAUCUUAAGAAGAAAGUCACGGACAUCACCUUCAGCUCCGUCGCCAUUGGAGAGGUCGACCUCAACAAAUGCGAACCUUGGGAUUUACCCAGGAAAGCUAAGAUGAUGGGGAAGAAGGAAUGGUUCUUCUUUUGGCAGAAGGACAGGAAGUAUCCGACGGGGACGCGGACGAACCGGGCGACGGAGUCCGGUUACUGGAAGGCCACCGGAAAAGAUAAGGAGAUUUUCCAGUCCGGCAGAGGGAGCGGUAACUGCGUUGUUGGGAUGAAGAAAACCCUUGUUUUCUACAAAGGCAGAGCUCCCAAAGGACAGAAAACCAAUUGGAUCAUGCAUGAAUACAGACUCCAUCCCACCCAAUUUUACAACACAACAAGGGAAGAAUGGGUUGUAUGCAGAGUGUUUCACAAGCAGACCACAGGAGUUGUGUACAUGAGAAGAAGUCCGCCUCACAACGACGCCGUAUCAAGGAUCGACUCCAUCUCCGUCGUUGAUCAUCACCUACUCCAAAGCCCUUCAAAGCUCCCACCUCUAACCGAUUUCACAGAUUACUCCGACGACAAACCGCCGGCGGCGCCUCUUCCCUGCUCUCUCAACCUCCAGAACCCGCCCUCCGCCCUCUUCUACCCUAACUCCGACACCACCACCACGGCGGCGGCGCUGAAGGCGGAGAGUUUUUCUCAGGACGCCGGGAUCAGCCCUGACGUGACGCCCACGGAGAUAUCGUGGGAGCUGCCGGACGGCGGCGCGGCUCUCGGCGGUCUGUACGAUGAUAGCAUGGCCGAUCUCGAUCGUUAUUAUUCGUUUUUGAAUUACUACUGAUGAUCUGGUAAUUAUUGAUGAAUUGAAGAAAGAACAUAAGCUUGUUGUUUAGUGGUCGUGAUUAAAGGCUAAUGUAGGCGUACGUCAUACGUACGAUGAUGAUGCACCGUCGCAUGAAAUGGGGGUUUCGUGACGACUCAGGUAAUUAUCCGUUAAUUGUUCGUGAUUAUUUGACUGAUUAGAAAGAAAUUAAACUAAACAUCCGUAUUCGUAUGUAAAUUUAUGGGGUUAUCGUGCUGGGGAAUUUUUGUAUGCCCCAAAACACCCCUAGUGUUUAUUGUAGUUUCCUUAAUACUAUAUACUUUCGAUUUUUUUUCUUUUUCUUUUUCUUUUGCGAACUCCAUAUGUAAAUUUUAUGAUAUGAUGACAUACGGUUUAAUGUUUAAGUUAUAUAUAGUUUCUCUGUA